AUGGUUAUUGUAGCUGUCGCCGGUGGAACUGGGGGAGUUGGUAAAACAAUUGUCGAAACCUUGGUGGGGCAUUCCCAGCACCAAGUCGUAGUGUUGACUCGCAACGGACCCAGAUCAGAUCAUGUUUUGAAUAGGACUCGACAAGUGCAGGUAGACUACGAUGAUAUUCCCUCUCUUGUCCAGGUCCUGGAGCAGCAUGCUAUCCAUACCAUCAUAUCCGCAAUUGGGAUCUUCGAUGCCACGACCAGUCAAUCCCAGUUAAACCUCAUCCAGGCUGCGGAGAAAUCCAGCGUGACAAAAAGAUUCGUUCCGAGCGAAUACUCUUUUAUUCAAACCAAGGAUCUCCUCCCCGUUGACCCCAGCAUCCAACAUUGGCUCGAUGCCGCUGAGCUCCUCCAGAAAAGUCAUCUUCAGUAUACCCGGGUCAUACCCGGCUUCUUCAUGGACUACUGGGGCAUGCCUGUGGUGCGCACCCAUCUCACACCCUGCACCUUUGGCAUCAACAUCCAGCACUGUCAGGCUGCCAUCCCGGGCGACGGAAAUGACGUGAUCUGCAUGACCUAUACAUACGAUAUGGCAGCGUUUCUGGUCAGAUUGCUGGAUGUUGAGGACUGGCCUGAGUUCAGCAUUGUUGUUGGCGACGAGGUCACGUACAAUCAGCUUCUGGAGAUGGCCGAGGAGAUUCGAGGUCAGAAAUUCCAGGUCACUUAUGACAGUAAAGAGAGUAUCAAGGACGGUCGGGUUACUAUUCCUCCAAUGCCCGAAGGAAAUCCCUACUCCCCAGAGGAUUUGCAAGAAAUGACCGCGUUGGUGAGCCGACUGACGGUAGCCGGUGUUUUCAAGCUACCAGAUCAAAAUCGACUGAACGACAGAUUCCCUGACAUACAACCAGUAAAGAUGAGGCAAUUCCUACAAGAUGCAUGGAGAAACUACAAAGGAACCAAAUAG